AUGGGCUCCAUGGCAGAACUUGGGUUAAAUGCUGCACUCAUGGUAUUAAUCUCCCCCAACACAAUUCUAAAGCAGAAAAGUGAGACUCAGGUUAAGAAGAAGAAGCCCAAACUUCUGAAUAAAUUUGAUAAAACAAUUAAGGCCGAGCUGGACGGUGCAGAAAAGCUCCGGAAAAGGGGUAAAAUCGAAGAAGCAGUGAGUGCAUUUGAAGAAUUGGUUCGAAAGUACCCUCAGAGCCCUCGAGCAAGAUACGGCAAAGCACAGUGUGAAGAUGACUUGGCAGAGAAGCAGAGAAGCAAUGAGGUUCUGCGCAGGGCCAUUGAGACCUACCAGGAAGCGGCCAGCCUGCCUGAUGCCCCGACAGACCUGGUGAAGCUGAGCUUGAAGCGACGGUCAGAGAGACAGCAGUUUCUAGGUCACAUGAGGGGUUCUCUACUUACCCUCCAGAGACUAGUUCAGCUGUUCCCUAGUGAUACGACCUUAAAAAACGACCUUGGCGUAGGAUACCUUUUGAUGGGAGACAACGACAGUGCCAAGAAGGUUUACGAAGAGGUGCUGAACGUGACACCGAAUGAUGGCUUCGCGAAAGUGCAUUACGGCUUCAUCCUGAAGGCGCAGAACAGGAUAGCCGAGAGUAUUCCCUACUUAAAGGAAGGAAUCGAAUCCGGGGACCCUGGCACGGAUGAUGGCCGGUUUUAUUUCCACUUGGGGGACGCCAUGCAGAGGGUCGGGAACAAAGAGGCAUAUAAGUGGUAUGAACUUGGGCACAAGAGAGGACACUUUGCCUCCGUCUGGCAGCGUUCUCUUUACAAUGUGAAUGGUCUGAAGGCUCAGCCGUGGUGGACGCCCAGGGAGACUGGCUACACAGAGCUAGUGAAGUCUUUAGAGAGAAACUGGAAGUUAAUCCGCGACGAAGGCCUCAUGGUGAUGGAUAAAGCCAAGGGUCUCUUCCUGCCUGAGGAUGAAAACCUCCGGGAGAAGGGCGACUGGAGCCAGUUCACACUAUGGCAGCAAGGAAGGAAAAAUGAGAAUGCCUGUAAAGGAGCUCCUAAGACCUGUACUUUACUAGAAAAGUUUUCCGAGACAACAGGAUGCAGAAGAGGACAGAUCAAAUAUUCCAUCAUGCACCCUGGAACUCAUGUGUGGCCACACACAGGACCCACAAACUGCAGGCUCCGAAUGCAUCUAGGGUUGGUGAUUCCCAAGGAAGGCUGCAAGAUCAGGUGUGCCAAUGAGACCAGGUCAUGGGAAGAAGGCAAGGUGCUCAUCUUUGAUGACUCUUUUGAGCAUGAGGUUUGGCAGGAUGCCUCGUCUUUCCGGCUGAUAUUUAUCGUGGAUGUGUGGCACCCCGAGCUGACCCCUCAGCAGAGGCGUAGCCUUCCUGCAAUUUGAAAGGCAUCAACACAGACUCGGUUGCUCUCCAGGGAGGCCGCUUUUCCGGUUCCUUUUGGGUGUGCAGAUAGAAGCUCAAGUGCCAUGACUCUUCACCCCCUUGCCUUGCAGCUGAGGAGCUCUAAGGCUCCUUCUGGAUUAGAACUCACUGGAGGGAGUAUUUGCCUUCCAGCAAUUCAUUUAGGAGGCCCCUUGCUUCAUGGCACCCAGAACUGGUGCCUGGAUUGAAGGGGAAUACUUGGUUGUGUUGUCUACAUAGCUGGCCAAAGAUAUUUUUCUACAUAGACUAGUGUCUACAUCAAUGUACAUGGAGGAUAUACUAUAUAUAGAAACUGUGAAUGAAUCACUCUAGUUUGUAAUUUUUCUAUGCAGUUAUAUUUUUCUAAGUAGCUAAACUAUUCUGUCACCAUCUACCCCCAUGUUUUCAUUGACUUUAAUGACAAGAAGUAUAAAUUCUUUACUUCUAACUAUUAAAUGGUAAUUUUCCUGGUAAAUUCAGACAUCUCCCUUUUGGAAAAAGAAAGCCAUGUAUGAAGAAAAGGACUUUGUUUUCCUAACAUGAAUGGGAAGUUAUGCCGGGAUGCGUGAACUGUGCCAACACCUGCCCUUGAGUCUCCCUGUGUAUCUUCAUUUAUGCUCAGUGUCUUCCUUUUUCUCUGUGCUAAUAAUAGGAAGCUCUUGUUGAUAAAAUACCACAGAUAUUGGAGCUGGGAGAGAAAAUAUUACAUGGGAGUGAAACCCCUGCUCACGAUCAGGGGCCCAGACAGCCUGGUCUCUUAGCCUUCUGUGUACAAGGCCUGGACUCUCCAGUGUCUGCCUACUGUAGAUCCACUAGAGUGUCAAGAAGACGGCCUCUUGGACUCUGAGAGUCUCUUCACUAUUUUAUCCAUGUAGGAAUUGUAGCAUAGGAGGUGCUCAGCAAAGCUAGCAUCCUAGGUGGUCGAGCAUGCUCGAUUAUGAAUUUGCAGUGCUUUUCCAUCUUCCUCCCUCAAAAUCAUGUCAGCCGUCUCACUAUAUUUUGAAACAGCGUUUUACGGGCGUGUUUGAUUUGAGCGCUACCCAUGUCUGAGAAAGAGCAGGAGAAAGUCAUCUUGCUCCUCAAGAUGAUCAUUAGUGAAGCAUGGCUGCAUUUUCUUUUCUAUUUUCAAAUUAAGGAUAACUCAAACCUUAGAAUGUAAUGACAUUCAUGCACUGAUCUCUAAGCCAGCCGAACAACACUUCUGCAGAAAUGGCUGGGAUUCCAGCCACAGAGGUAGAUAAAACGGAGAUGCAGGCUUUUGAACCAAUGUCAAAAGAAGCAGCUUUCUGUACCUCAUUGAAAAAGCCACUCAUUAGAAAUUGAUCUUUUCCCUUUUAGCUUAAGGACAGCUCUUAGUAGGAAAGUUUACAAAAUGUGUCCAUUCUUAAAAUAGGCACUUGUUCCUUCUUUUGCCAGUGUUCAAAAAUUCCUCUAAAACAGAUGGCAAAGACAUGGGGGAAUGCCCAAUCCUUACCAAAUUCUAGAAAAGAAAACAAAUUCUCAGACAAAAGAAAAAGGUUAUUUGUGUUCUUCAAUAUUUAUUAAACAGAGGAACUCACUGACAAAAGGCAAUACAAUCCAGUGUUCAUGAAGUAACCCUCGGUUACCUGCUGGGUUUGGUUCUCCUAUAUAUUACAUACACAUAACGAAAUGCAAACCAUAUGUUCUCAUUGUUAAACUAUCACCUUACAUUCAUGUAAUAAAAUGGUAGAAAUGAGUGAAAAUUAGCUUUUAACUUAGUAAUUAUAACAUGUUUUUUUAAAAUAUGGUCAUUACAGUAGGAUUCUAAAUAUUGCCAUGUGAAAAGCCAGAAGUACCAUUACUAUCACAAGUGUUGGCAGUAACUGACUCCAACAGCAUUUUGAGUACUUGGAUCCCACGUUUAUCUUAUAAACACAAGCAAUAAACAAUUUUCUAAUUCACUUUAA